AUGGCCUCCAACCCUCCAGGAAAGUGCUGUGGCGAGGGUCACAUCCACGAUGGCACCCCCAAGGGAAAGAUCACCACCUUUGCCGGCGUCGAAUCCUACAUCAGUCCGUCCCCCUCGGGCUCCACCUCCAAGGUCCUCUACUUCCUCACGGACAUCAUCGGGCACGGCUUCAUCAACGCGCAGCUUUUGGCGGACGGGUACGCAGCUCACGGCUACCACGUGGUGAUGCCGGACCUCUUCCGGGGCGAUCCAUGGCUGAUGGACGCGUCCGCGCGGGUUCCUGCGGACCUGACGCUGCCCGGGUGGGUGCAGAACCACAUGCUCCCGCAAGUAGAGCCGAUCGUCCUCCAAGUCCUGGAGGGAAUCAAGAGCGAGCUGAAGCCGCAGAAGAUCGUCGCUGUUGGCUACUGCUUCGGCGCGAAGUAUGUCAUUAGAUUGCUCGCGAAUGAGGUGCAGGCGGGAUAUGUCGCCCACCCGAGCUUUGUCUCCCUCGAGGAGCUCGCCGAGAUUAAGGGCCCGCUUGCGAUUGCCGCUGCUGAAACCGAUUCCAUCUUCACGACUGAGCUGCGCCACGAGACGGAGGCGAAACUGAAGGAGAUGGGAGCGACGUACCAGAUCAACCUUUUCGGCGGCGUCGAGCACGGCUUUUCCGUCCGCGGCGAUAUGUCCAAGCGCUGGGAGAAGCGGGCGAAGGAGAAGGCGUUCGAGAUGGCGCUCGAGUGGUUCCAGUUCCACCUGGACGGCUAG